UUAACCCUGACUCGUGCAAGGGUACAUUCAAGAACGCGUACUAUCUUCAAGUGUACAAUAACACAAGCGCCCUCAAAACUUGUUUGGCGACUUCUUCCAUUGAACUUAGUUUAAGGUCUCUUCAUUUCAGGCUCUAAGUUAACUCCGUCAUUCCCAUUCGAGCCCCUUAUCCGUUCGUGCAGGCUUCGAAAAUGAUUCCCUCCACUACAUUGAAGUUAAUGACACGCCCUCUGUAUGUGGCCUCGAGGAGCUUCGUUUCAGGGGAACCCGCAAGACCCACAAUCAAGACUGAGAUUCCUGGCCCUCAAUCGGAUACAAUCACCCAAACAUGCUGAAAGCUUUCGAUAGUGAUCAUGCAAAGAAGGUGCUCAUCAAUCGGCCAGCUUUGGGUGUGUACCCCGGCAAUGAUUGGGUCGAUCAACUCCGGAAUGUUUUGCUUUCUUGUGCGCCUCCUGGAUUGGAUCAGGUUAUAACCAUGAUGUGUGGGUCUUGCUCCAAUGAGAAUGCCUUCAAACUCAUGUACUUCAAGUACAUGGACAAAGUUCGAGGUGGAAUUCCACCCAAUGACGAAGCAAUGAAGUCGUGUUUGGACAAUUUGUCUCCUGGCACACCGAGAUUGUCCGUCCUAUCGUUUCACGGCGGCUUUCAUGGACGAACACCUGGAGCAUUAGCUUGUACUCAUUCCAAAUCAAUCCAUAAGAUCGACGUUCCCUUGUACGAUUGGCCAGUGGCAGAUUUCCCGAGAUACAAGUAUCCGUUGGAGGAGAAUACGCAGGAAAAUACGGCUGAAGACAAGAGAUGUCUUGACAAGGUGGAGGAAAUACUCGAAAGACAGACUAAGAACAGUAAUCCUUGUGUAGGAAUUAUUGUGGAGCCAAUUCAAGCUGAGGGUGGUGAUCAUCAUGGCAGUGCAAACUUCUUCCAGGGACUACAAGAUAUUUGUAAGAAACACGACAUUGUUUACCUCGUUGAUGAAGUACAAACUGGUGGGGGUCCAACCGGAAAGAUGUGGGCCCACGAAUACUUCAACUUACGGGAUGCUCCCGAUAUAGUGACUUUUAGCAAGAAGAUGCUUACUGGAGGUCUCUACCAUAAACCGGACCUCCGACCUAACAACGCGUAUCAAAUUUUCAACACGUGGGUGGGAGACCCAAGCAAGCUUAUCCUCCUUGAUUCUGUCUUGAAGACAAUUCGUCAAGACAAGCUUUUGGAGACGACAUUGAAGGCCGGAGAUGUUCUGUUGAGUGGUCUUCGUCGACUCGAAAACCAAUUCCCCAGCCUUCUUCACUCAGCUAGAGGCAUUGGAACCUUUUGUGCCGUGGACGCUGACACUUCUGCGCGCCGCGAUCAGAUCCUGGCCAAACUUCGAACCGAGGGCGUUCAUUGCGGCGGGUGUGGCGAGACGGCCAUCCGCAUUCGCCCAGCCCUAAUCUUCGAGACGAAGCAUGCGAAUAUCUUCAUCGAGAGCCUUGAGAAAGUCUUAAAGACUUUCUAGAAACUUUACCUUCCACCACACCAGCUUUGUCGUCCUUAAAUGCAUGCGAGGGCACUUCCGCAAUUUCACCUUACCUAGAUGCUUCCUUCGUACAAUGGAAACACGGAACUUGCCAAUGGAAAUAAAUAUGAACAGGCUUCCCUGAAAUGCAUGUAUUCUCGGGUGAGGCGGCAGAAAAUCGUGUGAUGCUGAUAUUUAUUCGUCUUUAUCGUCUUCUGUCGGGUUCGGUAAUCGUACCUGGAUAUAUCUAUGUAUAAAUAUUGCUGUACAAUACGUUGCAUCGAAUGUAACAAGUGAUAAAUAUCA